AGCGCUCGCGUGGUCGCUGGGCCUGAGCCGCCUCCGGUCAGUUUGCGACUCUCUCGGGGACGCAGUUGCUGCUGCUGUUGCUGCAGCCGCCCCCAGCGCCCGUCCUUCCGCUGCGCGCCCGCUCGGCCUCGCCAUGCCGGUGGACCUCAGCAAGUGGUCCGGGUCCCUGAGCCUGCAGGAAGUGGACGAGCGCCCGCGGCACCCGCUGCAGGUCACCUACUCCGGGUCGGCGGUGGACGAGCUGGGCAAAGUGCUGACACCCACCCAGGUUCAGAGCAGACCCACCAGCAUUACGUGGGAUGGUCUUGAUCCCGAUAAACUCUACACCUUGGUCCUCACUGACCCGGAUGCUCCCAGCAGGAAGGAUCCCAAAUACAGGGAAUGGCACCAUUUUCUGGUGGUCAACAUGAAGGGCAACAACAUCAGCAGUGGCACAGUCCUCUCUGAUUACGUGGGCUCGGGGCCUCCCAAGGGCACAGGCCUCCACCGCUACGUCUGGCUGGUUUACGAGCAGGACAGGCCGCUGAAGUGUGACGAGCCCAUUCUCAGCAACCGAUCCGGAGACCACCGUGGCAAAUUCAAGGUGGCGUCUUUCCGUAAAAAGUACGAGCUCGGGGCCCCGGUGGCCGGCACGUGCUACCAGGCUGAGUGGGAUGACUAUGUGCCCAAACUGUACGAGCAGCUGUCUGGGAAGUAGGGGGAAGCCUGGAGACGUGAGCUGCCCCAGAGGCCCCGAGCAGUGUUCUCCAGUUCAGUGUUGCAUGUAGCUCUCCCCUCUCUCCCGCUCCCCUUCGCACAGGCGAGAACUGAGCAGUCCGAUAGUGGUUCAGGGUGACUUUUCCUACUGCCUCUCCUUCGUAAUUCUAGAUAGCUGCACACCCUGGUUUGUGUUUUGAUCAAAUUUGAAUUUCAUUUAGGGAGAUAUUUUGGUACCACGAUGGGGUCAUCAAAUUAAUGUUAAGAACAGCAACCCAGAUUUAAAGAAGGAAAAAAUCUAAGUACAAAGACCAGGACCAGGUCUACAGUAAUAAAGCAUCAAAGAAUCUUUAAGGGAAGCUAAAAAAAUACAAUAAAAGGGAUCGGUUGCUUCUGCCUUUGUGAUCCUGAGUCCAGAAUUGUGCGUGACAGCAUCUUCUGAGACGUUCUGUCACAACCAGAGGCUGACAUCGAGGCUAAUCCUCAACACAGCACAUCUCAGAUGGCUUAAUAGGUGUGAGUGUCCUGCUGUGGCCCCUGGAAGAGCAGUCCUGGAAAAAGCUGUAGGGGGACUGGCUGUGCUGUUGUGAGGUGUGGCCAUCCAGGCAGGCAGCACUGCUAGCUGACUGGUUAUCGGCAGGCCCUAAAUCUGUGUCUGAAAAAUCCAUCACUCUUCAUUGGGUAAGAAAAGCUGGUUUGGAGUUGCUGAAUGUUGUGUUAAUUCUGCUGUUUGCUUGUAGUUGAAUAAAAAUAAAAACCUUGAAUGAAUGAA